CUCGUGCCUGCUUGAAGAUGAACCUCGUGGACGAAGACAUGCUGCUGUUCCCUUCCUUCUCCUUCCCGGAUCAGAGUUCCCCGGCCGACGCCGCCACACCAUGCUCCGGUGGUGAGCAGAAGAAGGCCGGCCGGCAGCGGCGGAGGCGGAAGGCGAGGCAGUCGGCGUCGGCAGGCGAUGGCGACGACGCGGCGGCGAAGAAGCGGAAGCUGAGCGACGAGCAGGCGCAGUUCCUGGAGAUGAGCUUCAGGAAGGAACGGAAGCUGGAGACGCCGCGCAAGCUGAAGCUCGCCGCCGAGCUUGGCCUCGACACCAAGCAGGUGGCCGUGUGGUUCCAGAACCGUCGCGCCCGCUACAAGAGCAAGCUCAUCGAGGAGGAGUUCUCCAAGCUGCGCGCCGCCCACGACUCCGUCGUCGUCCACAACUGCCACCUCGAGGCCGAGCUGUUGAGGCUCCAGGCGAGGCUAGCGGAGGCGGAGGAGGAGAAGAGCAAGUUCAUGGCUGCGGCGGCGACAAGUGGGUGCGGCGGCGGUGUGAACAGCCCGAGCUCGUCGUCGUUCUCGACGGUGACGCACACCCCGGCGGCGAUGGUUGGGCAGUUCGGGAUGGAGGAGGUGGAGGCCGACCUGACAUACAUGAGCGAGUACGACUACAACAACUACAUGAUGGACUUGGCGGCGGGCGGCUACUUCGGAGGAGUCUACGACCAAUUCUGCAGCUGAUUUAACUUGGGUGGAGGGAUAGCACGCCAACAGUUCGAGUAGUUUCAUUACUAUGAUGAUCAAUGUUAAUUAAUUAAUCAACGGUAAAUUGCAGGGUAAUUACGUAUGCAAGUAGCAGUAGUACUAGCAACUCAGAAUUCAGACGUAGUAUUGGUGGUAGCAGAGAAUUCACAAGUAGUAUUGGUG